AUGAAAGACGCGUUGCUUUAUGUUAGAAAACAUUUGGGAACCACUAAGGAUGAAUGGUGCGAUGAUGCCAUGAAGUUAAUGGGCCUUAUCGCUCUCUGUGCUCAUAAUGGUGUACCUGCUUACAAAGAACUCUUGAGCGAGCAUCGAUGGCAAGCUUUAGCUGACCUGUUUCGUGAAGAAGUUUUUACAUUAUAUCAGCUUCCACGUCAGUCAACAUUUGCAAUAUGCCUUCAGUGUGGGUUGAGUGCUUACAAAACGCCGCACUGUUCUCCUGGCGGGGUUGAAAGAUGUCCAACAUGUCAACCUUGUGCAUUCGCUUUAGCUGAAGGACUUCCCUAUGCGCAUACUGUGAACUCGAGACUGAUUUGUUCCUAUUCUGGUGAAGCGUUGAAUGAGGAAAAUCACCCAAUGAUGAUGCCCGAUGGGAGAGUAUACGGAGAAAAAGCUAUUCGAGAGUUACAAGGCGUAUGGUCCGGUUUGGAUGAUCGACUCAUAAUCAGUCCAGGGUCUCUACCGUACCGUGAAACGUUGACGGAUUCCGUCAUACACUUCACUGAAAGUUUUGGUGUUCGCCUUCCAUUCGUCUCGUUACGAAGCAGCGUGAAAAGAGUAUUGAACACAGCUAGCGAUAAUCAUGACGAUGGCGUUACUGAGAAAGAUCGGGCUGAUUCCGCUUCAUAUGGAAGCUCACUACGUGUACGAGAACGUGCCCCUCACGUACAAUGGAGAGUUGGCCAGGUCAUCAAGCACAAGGUUCAUGGCUAUCGAGCGGUGAUUAUUGGCUGGGAUUUGAAAGCUCAAGCAUCCAAAGAUUUCAUCGAAAGGGUUCAUAAGGGUAAUGAGGCAUGGACGAAUAAUCCCAACUACGCUGUGUUAAUAGAUACAAGAGAUCGUUUGGUGCCACAACUCGGAUACAUUGUUCAAGAAAAUAUCGAAUUACAUCAAGGAAGGAUUAUCCAUAACUUACUGAAGAACUACAUGGAGAAAUAUGAUGAAGCGAAGCAAAAGUUUGUCAAAAAUUACUAG